AGUGUCGUCUCAGAAAAAAAUGGAAUUUGUUGAGAUUAAACUGAAAAACUAAUGUACAAUUAACAAUUGCACAUGUAGUCGUAAUUAGCUCAGCUUAAUCUCACCUUUUAUCCAUUAAACGCGACUUAUUUUCGGGUUUUUCUGUGAAUCUGUGCGGAAAGUAUCGGUUGUUGGGGGGAAGGGGGUCAGUCAUGGCGUCGUUUUUGGACGCUAGGACAGUCUCGCUAGUGAAGAAAGUUAUAAUGGCGAAGCUAACUAAUGUUGAUGGCGUCAUUUUAUCCAAUAUGGCUGUCUGGAGGACAAAGGGGUGCACACAAGCUGAUUCACUUGCUACAGCAGGUGUUCACCCGCUUUGCCGCCAAUUACAGACGCCAUCUUGGUAUUUGGCGUCCCCCUUUGUUAGGGGCCGGAGUGUCCAUCGGGUUCGCAAGUGGUCGAGGGUGGAGGGCAGAGAGUGGCGGAUAUCGCUUGUGGAUCGUGUUGCAGAAGCAGAGAGAUAAGGCAGGAGUGAUGGCUCGUCGUCUUAAAGACGCCACCAUCAUAAUAUCAGAUUCAGAAGAUGAGCCACUUCCACCUCCAAAGUCAAGAGCAAAAUCCAAGGCAAAGUCCUCAGUCCACGUGAUCUCCGAUUCAGACGAGGACCUGAAGCCCCUAAAAACCAGAAUCAGAAAAAAAGUCGUCAAGAAAUCGGUGUCUGAGGACAUCGACCUUCCGCCCUCGGAAGUCACCAAAAGAACCAGAAAAAGGAAAAGUGUGGAAUCAGCAGCGAUGGGAGGUUUGCUCAGUAAAAAACGAAAAACGACGGGGACAAUAUCAACUGUAGCAUCAGCCCCUCCAGCAAGAAUUAUCUCACCAACUCCCAGGGUGGCCAGCUAUCCCCAGCAUUCCACCAUCGCCCCCCAAAAACAGGAAUCCUACUGCGACUGGUCUGAAGUGGACUAUAUUCAGGAGCAUCAUGGAGUCGCCAGAUCAGUUGCUCAAGUGAUUACCCAACUCUUCACAGCCGACAACACUGUGCCCUUUAUAGCGAGGUACAGAAGAGCAGCCACUGGUGGCCUAGACGCCGAUGAGCUGAGACGGAUAAAGGAGAGUUUUGAUAGAGUCAAGCAGAUCCAGCACAAGGCAAACACUGUGAUAAAGGCCAUUGAGAAGGCAAACAAGUGGACCCCAGAGAUUCACAAUAUAGUGAAGUCGUUGAAGUCCCUGAAUGCAUUGGAGCAAAUUCACAGUCUCUACAAGACCACGAAGAAGACGUUAGCCGAUCGAGCGAGGGACCUGGGGCUCGCUCCCAUUGCUGAAUCCAUUCUGCGAGGAGAACCCAUUCCCCACCUGCAGACGCUCCGAAACUCUUCGACAGACGGACUUCAGAAUGAAGAGCAGAUAAAAGAGGGUAUUGUCUCCAUCAUGGCUGAUGUCAUCAGCAAGGACAAGAGUGUUUUCGAUAAGAUCAAUGAUCUACGCGACAAAAUUUCCGUUCAGAUACAGACGAAGAAGACAAAGACAACGGAAGGAACUGACGCUAAAAAUGAUGAUAAGGAGAAUAAAUAUGAUAUGUAUUAUGACUGGAGUAUUUCGGAGAAAAAUAUAAAACCCCAUCACAUCCUCGCGAUCAACAGGGCAGAGGCACAGAAGAUCAUAACGGUUAAGCUGAUUGUACCAGAUUUCUUUGAGGUGUCCAUCAAGAGGUUUGUGAUGGAGUUGUAUGGGGCUGCAGCUGGGACUUCGGCUUUUCACUGCCAGAUGAUUAAUGAGGCAUUCAGUCAUGCCUACAAGAAGUCGAUGAAGCCCUCCAUGGUGAGGAGAGCCAGGACUGAGAUGAAUGAGAAGGCUGAGGAAGCUUCCAUGGAGGUCUUCGCUACGAACGUCAAACAAUUGCUGUUGGCGUCUCCAGUCAGGGGUAAAGUGGUUCUGGGUAUCGAUCCGGGCUUCGCUCACGGCUGUAAACUGGCUGUUGUCUCUCAGCAGGGAGAUGUUUUAGCAACAUCGACUAUUUAUCCACACAUGAAAGAUGGAAAAGGCCGUGAAGUUGCAGUGGAUAAGCUCUGUACAUUAGUACGUAAAUAUCAGUGUAAUGUUGUUGCACUGGGUAAUGCAACAGCUUGUCGUGAGACUGAGGUAUUUCUCUCGGAUAUCAUUCAGUCCGGGAUAUUUGCACCGCUUGAUGUAACUUACACAAUUGUGGAUGAGGCUGGUGCCUCGGUGUACAGUUGUGGAACGGAGGCUAAAGCGGAAUUUCCAAAAUUGGAUUACAAUGUCAUCUCGGCGAUAUCAAUAGCGAGACGACUGCAGGAUCCACUUGCUGAGCUUGUGAAAAUUGAGCCGAAGCAUCUUGGGGUGGGAAUGUACCAGCAUGAUUUGCCGGAGAAACAGCUCAUGAAUAAAUUGAAUGAGGUUGUAAUGGAAGCUGCCAGUUUCGUCGGAGUAGAUGUUAAUACAGCUUCCCAGUGUUUACUGAGACGAGUGGCUGGCUUGUCAGAGACAAAAGCUGCGAAUAUAAUUGAAUGGCGUAGGGAGAAUGGGCCCUUUGUCAAUCGUAAUCAGUUGAUGAGUGUCAAAGGUAUUGGUGCUAAAAGUUUUGAACAGUGCGCUGGAUUCAUCAGAAUUCAGCCAGAAACGGCCCAGGCAAAAUCACCAAUUCGUUCAAAGAAAAAUAGAUUAAAUUAUCUGGAUCAGACGUGGAUUCAUCCGGAGUCCUACGCUGUUGCACUUUCACUGAUAAAGGAUUGUGGACUCGAUUGCAAAGACAUUGGGACCAGAUCGUUUAUAUCGUCCAUCAAGGCUUAUGCCACUCGAGGAUAUGGCACUCUGACGAAAGCACUGAAAACUGAUGAGACGACGCUGGAGAUUAUUAUCAAGGGGCUCACCAUGGCCAGGGAUGAGGAUAUCAGGAGUCAGAAUAAUGUUCCAUUGUUCAGGAAGAGCUUGAGGAGCAUGGAUGAUUUGGUUGUUGGGUCUGCACUGAGUGGGGAAGUCAGGAAUGUCACGCAUUUUGGGGCUUUCGUCGAUAUCGGGGUGGGUAAGGAUGGACUCAUCCAUGUGAGCCAACUGAAGGGGGAGACAUUGAAAAUUGGCCAAAGAGUUGAUGUUAAAGUGCAGAACAUUGAGGCAAAGCGAGGACGCAUUGGAUUGAUUUUAAUCAGCAGUUGCUAGUGAUUAAAAAUCGUUUUACUUAUUAAAAUUAAGUGAACAUUGAUUCAUUGUAAAAUUGUCAUCAAUUAUUGCGUAAUGAGGAUGUGAGUAAUUAUUUUAGUUAUUUUUCUUGUGGGAAAUUUUAAACUGUAAUCGCACCGAAGAGAAUAGAUUUAAUUAGUUAAAUCGGGUAAGUUGAUAGUAAGUUUUUUUUAUUGGUUGUGGUCCAAUGAUAUUUUAAUAUUCAAUCUGAGUUUGAGGAGCUGCGAGGACCUGAUUAUUAGGUCAUUACCUUCGUCGACAUUUGAAUACGUGAAGAGGUUUUACAUGUGAGUCAAUCAAAGGAAAUUUUGGAAAGGGAGCGAAGAAUUGGCGUUAAAAUGAAGACUAUUAUGACGGAGUGAAGCCCCAGGGGAUUAAUGUCAAUGAAGGGGUUUUAAUGACUUGAUUUUUUUUAUUCUUUAAAGUACAAUAAAGAGGUAAUUGUAGCCUGUUUUUUUCUUAUUAUAUUAUUUCUGGAUUUUUUCUUUGUUGUAAGGAACAAAUGUUCAAUAGGUUUCUAUUGAUCAUGAAGUUGGAGAUUAGUUGACGUUGAUGACGUGGACCACCAGGUGCACGUGCAUACACUAAGGGCUGUGAAUUGUUAUCAAGUGACCUCUCCAUCCAACUUCACCCUGCUGUCAGCCAAAAUUCAUUCCAUAAAUUACUAUUGUGAGAAUAUUUUGUAAGGUUCGAAUAUGGGAUCAAUGUGUGCAUCCACAUGCACUAAAAAAUAUUUUCAAUUGCUGUUUUAUUAUUUUACAUAAUAACUUACUAAAUAAAAACGAUAUUUUUCAACAUCA